GGCCAAGGAGUACUCGCUGGCGGAGGUGAAGGCGCUUGGGCAGAAACUGCUGCCGGACCGCUGCCGUGCCGAGUACUACCUGGUCACCACGCACAAGAUGAAGGGCGAGGAGGCGCCGGUCGUGCAGCUGGCGGACGACUUCUUCGCGACGCUGGCGGCCGACAGCGAGUCCAGCCGGCAGGCCCUGCAGUGGCAGCGCACCGACCCCGCCACCGUGGACGAGAUCAACUGCGUCUACGUGGCGGCCACCCGCCCCCGCUGCAUGCUGCUGCUCAACCGGGACGUCACGCAGCUGGUGCUGGGGCUGCACCGCAGACACGUGGAACUGGUGCUGCCCAGCCCGGAACCAGUUGCGGCUGCUGCGGGCGAGGCGACUGCUGCUUCCGGGCAGGCGGCUGCGGCGCCGGGGCAGGCGGCUGCGACUGUGGCUGAGGUGGUCACUGCGGGGCAGGCAGCUACCGCGGCGUUGGAAGUGGUGGCGACCGCCGCGGCGACACCAGCGCAGAAGGUUGUAGCCGCAGCGCAGGCAACCACGGCAGCAACCACGCCAGAGGAUGCCGCAGCUGCUGUGGGGGCAAUGCCAUCUCCGGCAGAGGCGGAGGCAACGACCGUUGAGGCAAUGGGAGCGGCGGGGGCAACAGUGGC